UGCGGCCAUCGGUGCCGUGGCCAUCGUCACCAUCGUCCGCGCCGACGCGCUCGUUUGCGCUGGCAUUGCCGCAUUGACCAAACACGAUGCUGCGCUCUUUUCGCAAAUCUGCUGCACCCGUUCUUGCUCGCGCCGCCUCGUCGUGGACAGGCCCCGACGUUCCGACGAUCGACAUUCGCCCGCUUCUCGACCCGCACGCAUCGACGGCAGCGCGUCAACCGGCGCUGCGCCGCAUGCAAGCCGCGUGUUACGAGGACGGGUUCUUUGCGAUCCCAACGUCCGUGCUCCCGCGCGACGAGCUCCUUUGCAAUGUCUACUCAAGCAUGGACGCGUUCCAUGCACUCGCGCCAUCCGCCAAGGCCAAGUACCACCUCCAAAAGGUGCCCAAUGAGCGCGGCUGGACACCACUGCACCAAGAGCCCUCGCACGUUCCUGGCGUCGUCGCGCACCUUGAAGGCUAUGACGUCGCGCGCGAGCUACCUGCGAGCUACCUCGCUCUAGACGACGGGCUGGGUCCUAACGUGUGGCCCGACGACGAGCUGCCUUCGUUUCGACACCACGUCACUGCCCUCUACGAUGCGCUCACCACUGUCGCCGACGGUCUUUUCGAAGGUUUUGCCGAAAUGCUCCACCUCCCCCGCACCACCUUGCGUGAAUUCCACACGGCGGAGGCGCAAGCUGGCAUGCGUCUUUUGACGUACCCCACCAACGAUGCGCCCAUGGACGAGACGCAUGUCGGUAUCGCCGAGCAUACGGACUUCGAGUGCUUCACCCUUCUCCACCAGACCAACUGGGGCCUCCAGCUCACAACCCGCCGCGGGGCCGUCGUCAAUGUACCCGUCGCCACCGACCAAUUUAUCGUGCUCAUUGGCGACGUCCUCGAGCGCUGGACGAACGGCGAGCUCAUCGCGACGCCGCACCGCGUGCUCAACACGCCUGGGAAGCGCCAGUCGAUCGCGAGGUUUAACGGCACGCAGCGGUCGGCGGUGAUUGCGCCGCUGCCUGGUUUUGUGUCGAGCAGUCGCCCGGCGCGGUACGCGGCCGUGACGCAGCGCCAGCACACGCUCAACGCCAUCAUGCGACCGUACACGCCGUCGUCAUCAUCGGAGAAGAACAAUACAUUGGGAUAAACGCCGUGUAAGAG